UUACUAUCUUCUAAUUUUCAUCUACGAAAAACACUGUUAAAUUAGAGUAAAGACAGGAAGUGAAGUUAACCAGCAAGUAUGAACAAAUCGAACGAAAAAAGUAUACACGAAAUGUUGAAAAACACUCCGUCCAUGAACGAUAGUACCGAUGUGGUACAUACAGGCUCCGAGCAGCAAACCAUAAAGCACUCUACCACGUUGACGCUACGCAACGUCAGCAAUCACAGCCUAUCCUCGCCGACAUCGGUCAGUCUGGAAGACGAAUCGGCAUACAUUAAGAAUGGCUCUUCAAAGCUAGAUUCAUUUCGAAACUGGAGCAUCACUACGUACAAGUGCACCAAACAAAUCAUGCUCGAAAAACUCGGCAAAUCCACACGCACAGUCGAUCUGGAGCUUGAAGCGCAAAUCGAUCAGCUGAAAGAGACGCAGAAAAAAUAUCUCAGUAUAUUGCGCUUAUCGCGUGCGUUCACUUCACACUUUUACAAUUGCAUGCAAACGCAAAGCCUAUUGUCUGAAACAUUCUCCGAUUUAGCGCAAAAAAGUCCCGAAUUGCAGGAGGAGUUUCUUCGCAACGCUGAGACCCAGCGUAUUCUUACGAAGAACGGUGAACUGCUGCUGAAUGCGUUGAAUUUUUUCAUAUCGUCCAUCAAUACGCUGUGUAACAAAACGAUCGAAGACACGCUGCUCACAAUUCGGCAAUACGAACUGGCCCGCGUGGAGUAUGAUGCCUACCGAGUAGAUAUGGAGCAGCAGCGAACAGGUGGGAGCGAACCACAGCAAAAGUAUUCGAACGAUGAAGUGCAGAAAAAAUAUGAAAAAUGCAAAGACCAGUACGAAAAGCUGCGUUCGGACAUAGUUGUUAAAAUGCAAUUUCUUGAAGAAAACCGGAUCAAGGUCAUGCACAAACAGCUGCUGCUCUUCCAUAAUGCCAUUGCAGCAUACUUUGCCGGAAAUGCGAAUGGUCUAGAAAAGACCCUACAGCAGUUUAAUAUCAGCUUGAAGAGUCCAAAUUCUGUUACUAGUUCAUGGCUGGAACAGUAG